AUGCAAAUUCGGUUUCUGCUCGGGCUAUUGAUGCCGCACCUGGCCUGUGCUCAGCUAAGCAUUUCCGAAUUGAAAACUUCGCUUCAGCACACGAUAAGCACGCCAGAUGGCGAUGUAUGCAUUAAUCCCGAAGGCCCGCUUAACAUGAUUCACGGCUAUAUUUACAAGAAAAGGGGCUACAUGUACAACAAACGGCUGUUUUCGCCGGAGAUACAGACGAAGUACAGCAUGGCCGCUCUUCCAAGGGAGGGCGACUCGGAAGAGGCAUACGCGUACAGGCGAAUCCCCACGCAAGACACUGCACACAAGAAAAUGGAGAGUGACGUGUUCUCGCUGGAGAAGACUCUCUGCCCAGUCGAUGACUACACCCAGGAAUACCACAACACGCUGAUUAGACUGUUUCCGUCUGUGGACGGGGAGCUGUCGAUUGAAACAAGCCAGUACGACGCUUUUAUCCGGUUCAUUCGGGCCAAGCAGGCUAAGGAGCACGCGCACUACAUUCUUGCCUCGCUGCUUCUUCUGAGCGAGGGCGUGGACGUGGACAUAAAGUGCACCAAGAAAGAGAUCUCUCUUAGAAGCAGGGACACCAAGGAAAUAUUCCAGGUGUGCACAGAAAUACAAGUGCUGAACCCGAAAACGAACGCCCUCGAGAAUUCGUAUCAGAAAAGAGCAGUUUCGGUUAUAAGGUUCUUCCAGAAAUACAAGAAAGUAGGAGAAAUGCCGAAGACGCGCCAAGAGCUAAAAACUGGAAAGUUUCUCAGCACCCCGCAGUUUCUGAUACAAUCGUACAUCUUCGAGUAUACAAACGGCGCGGAGGACGCAAUCCUGCUGGCUGAGAAAGUGCACGAGCUGCUGGGCGACAUGAUCGAGGAAGCGAAGGAAAAAAGGCUUGAUGAAAGGCUCGCGGUGCUGACGAAGGCAUUUUCUGUCUUUUUUACCCCAAUCCAUUUGGUUGAGGAUAAGGUAAACUGCAUACAGUCGAUAGCGGCUCUUCGGGAGCUUACAGAGGAAUUAGUUCGAUUUCCGUUCCCCCACCAAAGCCAGGUUCCUUCACAGAUAGGCGUGCCCUCCUACAGCAGAAGCACAGACUCGUUCUACUCAGACAGCCUGCAUAACUUUCAAAACUGCGUCGAGGCCAGCACAUAUGCUCUGAUGUGCUGCCUUGCAUACAAUCCCGAAAGUGCAUAUUAUAGCCUGUCCACGAUGCCGAACGCGUCUGAAGAGCUAAAAAAAUUCUUUCUGGAGCAUAAGAAGCCGGUGGAGUUCACAAGCAACAGCAUGUACCGAGAGUGGAACAGGGUGGUUUCAGACCUGCCGUGCGAAAGAAUCAUAUACAACCGAAAAAACAGAAACGAGCUUCGCUCGGGGGUUCUGAACCUUCUGCGGGUUGUAUUGAGCAUCACAGGAAACUUAGAAGGCGAAGAAGACACAUUGGCUGACUUUAUGCGCGAGGUAGAAAACUCCACGUGCAAAAAAGACAGCGUGUUUUCCCGGGUGGAGAGAUAUGUGGAGGCCCUGCUCGCUCGGCUGUCCGUGAACACGAGUGCUGUGAUAAGAUGCAGCGGCUUUAAAAAGAGGGUUCGGAAAGACGGGCUUGCCGACAUAUACGGGGACAUUGAGAUAAAGCACUUCUUUGGCGGAGUGGAGCAAGGGGGGAUGUGCCUGCGCGUAAAAAACAAGCACAUGACAGCUAGCACCACCGAAUCCAUGGCGAUCGAGGUGACUGAAGAUGAAAUACAAGCGCUCAAAGAUAGAGUAAGAGAACAUGAGAACAGAGAAGUGUUUUCGGGGGUUUUGGCUGCACAGCACGUCGACGAUGCCUUCUUCUAUGGCACAAACGGCGAUAGUGUCGAUACCUUGAUAAGGCUCUCCAGAGUCAUACUCUCAAACAUUCUAAAUACCCAGCAAACAAGUGCGAAUGCGUUGUUUAUGCUCAAAGAAUUCAAAGAGCCGUGGUGCAAAAGUUUCUUGGCAAUUAAAGCUGCUCUGUUUUUGAAAAGCACUUAUGUGCGAAUCUCAAAGGACCUCCCGAUCUUCAGGCUGGCCUCUAACAUAGUGGGCAGCUGCCAGCUUGACGACCCAUCAGUGCACGAUGAGAUGCUCGCUCCGUUUGCGUUUAUUGGCAGCCUAGACAGCCUAGCUCCAGAGGUGCAGCUAAGCGACAGAAAGCGCCUCCAUGUUUUCAACCAAGUCUCGCUGAGCUCUUUAUUCGUAGUCCAAAUGAACGACCCGGGCACUAGGAUUCCUUUUUCAAGCUUUGUGUCAGUGUACCGGCAAGAAACAAAGCAGCCCUUUUCCUGUUUUUCUGGGAUUGAACGCCCUGAGUCUGUGAUUGCUCUAUUCAGCUGCUUUUAUCGUGGGGAGAGUAAAGACUGUGUGGACAGCUUCUUUGAUGCGCUUGACCAGGAGAGAACCGAGGACGCCCGGAUGGUGAAAGCUACUUUGAAAAUUGCCUGGCUGGGCUUGGCCCUUUUGUACCCUGAGAUAAGCUCGAGCACAAUCAAGAGGCUAUACAGAGAGAUUGAUGAUUUUAUGUAUAAUGAGCACCACCCGAUAUUUUCUAUGCUAUUCGAACAUAGGGAAAAGCUCCACGCCAAGUUUAACAUCGUGCUGGGAGGCGAAUGCCAACCCGAAGACAGACACAAGUUCUUCAGGCUCAUUAUUAUAUUUGACACGCCUCCCGGACUGCCCGAUGAGCACUGCUAG